AUGUCCUCCUUCGUACAAGUACCAGAAUUCGCGACGUACCAAGAAUACAUCAACGAGAUCAACAAAAUCUUCGCGCAAAUUACGAACGCAGACGACAUGUCAGAUGAUCUCUCAAGACAAGUCAUCAUGCUCAUCUCGUUGUCUCAAGGCGCAAAACAAAAAGCGGGAAACGAGAACAAAGACAAAAAGGAGAUGGACGACAUCAUGGCAAUGAUUGGAUCACUUCAAAUCAAGUCGACCCAGAAUCCGAAGUAA